GUCUUGGAUUGGAUCCGAUCCGCAUUCUGCAUUCCCGCAACUGCCUGUCUGGGAAAGAGAUGGAUCGCCACUAAUGAGGGGGUGCAUGUCACGAUUGACAGUAAAGGGCCGAACCAGAGGUUCGCUUUUGCAAUGCCUGGCUCCCAUGUUGGACAAUUGCAAAGAAUAGCCGCGUUUUUUCUCGUGUUGCCUCGCACAGACUGCCACGGAUUCAGGGGCGGGCUCACUCAUCUUUCCAAGGGUCCAUCAAUUUCCAGAAUACCACGCCAGCCGCCAGAUGCGACGUCGAUAGUGGCUCACAAAGCUACCGCACGUGCCAUCCCUUGUCUCCCAACCUCUCUUAUCAUGCUGUCCGACUCGUUAAGGUUCCGAGCAGCCCACUUCCAGUCAAGAGCAAGAUUAUGGGGAAGAAACAUUCCACGGGGUGCUCGAUCUAGGCCCGACGAAUCACAGCCCACAAGCCCACUUGGGACCGGAGGAUCAGCUACCCCUGUGUGGAACCCAACGAGACAAAGCGAAACAGCCGCUGAGUCCGCCGGCCCCUCGGCUUUGCCAGCCGGGAGGGGCCUGAUUCCGUAG